AUGGAGCUCGCCUUGGGGCCGGCUAUGGCCGGCUUGGCCCCCAAGCUGGGCGAGCUGCUCCUGGCGGAGUACGUUGUGCAGAAGGGCCUCAAGCCCGACAUCGAGUCCCUCUCCAAGGAGCUUUUGAUGUUGAAAGCCUCCCUGAAGGACUCAUCUCAGGUUCCACCGGAGCAGCUCAGUGAGGUGGACAAGCUCUGGGCACGGCAGGUCCGGGAGCUGUCGUACGACAUGGAGGACGUUGUCGACGACUUCAUACUGCGUGUGGCUGAUGGUGGCAAGUCUGCAGCCACCACAACCGAUGCCGAAGUCUUCAAGAAGAUCCUUGGCAAGGCCACCGCUGCGGUGAAGAAGGUCAAGCAUCGCCAUCAGAUCUCUGACAAGAUUAAAGACAUCAAGAAACUCUCCAACGAGCUGGCUGAGCUCCGUGCCAAGUACACAGUUAGAGGCGCAGGAGCUGAUCUUGCCACGAGCACCGGCGUCGACCCCGUGUCAUCAAUCUAUACAAGAAAGAGUCAGAUCUGGUUGGUAUCGAGGAGUCAAGGGACAAAGUCAUCAAGAUGCUGUCUAUAG